AUGCUGAUUUGUGUUGCAUGCUUCCCGCGAUUCUCGAUUUUGCAGGAUCUGGCAGCCACGCUGGCGAAGGACGAUGCCUGCGUGGCUCAGGAACACUGCAGCCUCCAGCUGCUUCAGUUUCGAGGCCAUGGGGACAACUCAACUCCGGACAACGCGAGUAUGUCGGAGAACUCGGGUAACUCGAGCUCGAUGGGGAUGGACUCAGAGUGUGUCAGCAGCCGCACCGGCCACGUCUCUUGGGUGGACGACAGCGCCGCGGCCGAUGCUUCCAAGACAACUCAAAAGAAGCUUGGGCUGAGAAAGCUCGUGCACCACCGAUGGAAGCUCCACUCCUCGCAGGUGGCUCGCAACGAUACCUGCGGCAAGGCUCACAAGGCCAUGCUUGCAGGAGGGCAGCGAGACAUCGAGCACCGGCUCUUGAACCGAACAACCUACAUGAUCCAGAGGCUUCGCUUGCCGGGGUGUAACAGCAGCCAGGCGGUGAACGCGUCCUUCGAGCCAGGGCCCAACAUGGUAAGUGGCCUCAUCAACGCAUCCAGAGCCUGCAGAGAGUCCUGGUCAAGCCGGGCCGGUCACGUUGCGAAGCAGUUCUUCAUCAGAGUCGCUGGCCAGUGUGGGUGGGAGAAGCGUUCCUGCCAAGAGGAGCCAGACGUCCCUGGUGUCCGUUGUGAGGAGACGGUCAUUUGCCCUGUCGUUGUCGAGUACCUGGGCUGA